UGAAAUAAAGAGAGAAAUUGAAGAAUGAAUAAAAAGAAAGUAAGAUGAAAAGUAGGAUGGGAAAUCUUUUCUUUCCCAGUCAUCAAAAAUUAAAAUCUCAAGUAAUGAGACUCAACACUUAUAGAAAUAUAUUUUCAAUUCCAGCGAGGUUACUUGAUGAAAAUUAGGCUUUAUCAAAUUAUUAAAUGCAUGUGUACACUAGAUUGGACAACCUAUAUUAAUUUAUGUGGAUUCGAUCCAUUGCUGUGAGGUUAUCGCAGCAACUUCAUCCAUCGGAUGUUAUAUUGUUAUGGCAUGUAAAAAGUGAGUUGCCAGAUUUUGAAGAUCUUCUUGGAGAAGCAUUGCAUCUGGGUCAAUCAUAAUUGGAUAAUCAGAUGUCUGCAAACUUUCAAAUCUAACAAUGUCGAGCUUAUUUUGGAACCAUUACAUUGCUGCAAAGGAAAAAAACUGCACAAUCUUGUCGAGAUUUUCGGCUAUGCCAUGCACAGUCCUCCAUUUGAUAACAAUAUUCUGUAGUGCUUGGGUAUGGCAGAGAUCAAGAUGCUCUCCCUCUAUCUCUCUUUCUUUCUCUCUAAGAGAGAGAGAGAAAGAGAGAGAGACUGGGAACAGAGGAGACCUACAGGGGAGGCCGAGGGUAAAUAUAAUCGAGAUAGGGACCUGAGGGGCGACUUUUUCCUCACAGGUGCAUAUAUGUAACAAGUGGCCAGUGAAAUGGGAGUGGUGUGUAUAACUGUGAUAUUUAAAAGACAGUGGGAUCGGUCCAUGGAUAGGAAAGGUUUGGUGUGGUAUGGUCAACGUGUGGGUAAGUUGGUCUAGCCCAGUUAGGCAACCUGGCUGGCUUACACAUGUUGGUCCGAAGUUCCAGUUCCCAUGCUGUAUAGCUAUGAAUCUGGGACUUGCUGGGAACAGGUUAUUUGAGGGAAGAGAUGUGAGUUGACAGGAGGAGAAUCAAGAAAAAUGUAUGUUUGGAGGUCUGGAAUUCAUUGCCUGAUAGGGUAGAUGAGACUGAAAUGAUCAACGCAUUGAAAACGUAUGCGGGUGCGCAUAUGAAGCGCUAUCGUCUGCAGGGCUCAGCAACAGUUCAGGAAAACUUCUUGGCUGCAAACGACCUUCUUCUGUGCCAUCUAUGCCAUUGAUUCUUAAGACGGCAGCACUGGAUUUAGAACUCCGCAUUUGAACAUGGAACCUGGAAAAGUGUGAAUUUCCUUAAAUGCCCUGGUUCCGGUCUCUUUUGCUUCCAGUAGGAGUUUAAUUUCUACUUCUGGGAGUCGCCUUCAUCACCAUCCCCAAAAUGUACUCUAUUCUGAGAAUUAAUUUCAAUUCUCGACAGUUUGGGGACAGGUCGUGACUUAAAUCAAAUCGACCCAUGAAACAACUGCAGUCUGUUGCCUGCAUCUGCUGCUAUUUGCUGAGCAAUGUUUUCAUUAUUAAAAAAUAAACUGUUUAGUCAUUUAGCCUAGAACAGUACCUGCUGACUAAAUACGCUGCAAUAUCGUUGAAUAAAUGUGUUUAGUUCUCCCGCAUUUUUCUUUUGAUGGGGAUUGAUAUAAAACACUCCUAAUCGUCGAUAUUUCCUGCAAGUUGUAGACGUAAGGUUUAUUCAUGCCCCGGUCAUACGUGACAUACACAUACUCUGAAAGCCUGAGAUGAUUUGUACGUCAUGUGAAAUACAUCGCCUGGUUAAAUAUUAUUACCGAGUGGCUGGCUGGCAGACUCAGUGAGGGGAAGUACAACUGUACGAACGGUGGAUUUUCCUGACAUGCCUUCAGUUUUCUCAACAUCUUUCUGAAUGUGGCUAAUCAGUUAAAACCGAAGGAAAACAGUGUGUGGAUUAAAUGUAAUACCUUCACAGUUUAGUACUGUACUUCUAAAGUGACGAUAAGGUCUUGUAUGUGAUUAGUUGAAUCUCUUAGUAGACUGGGAGAAGGUAAGUUAUUUUAAUGAUUUGGUAUUCUGAGAAUGGAAAUGUACUCACCGUGUCCAUCGCUAGGGUUUAUAUCACACCUGGUAUGGGGGGAAGCGUUGGCUCGCAUUAACUUGGUAGGCACUUUCCAUCGCCGUUUCUCAGUGACUCAGAUGUUCAUGUGAUGGUCAGACCCAAUAAAUCUUCCCUGCACUCAAGACUGCGCGGAGGUUUCGGCGAGGAUGCCAGGAACACGGAGCCACCGGGACAGCUCCUCGCCAAUAAGCUCUGAUCACUUGUGAUUGUGUUCUCGGAGUAGCCCGUGAACUGGUCGAAAGGACGAGCAGACAGCGAGGGAGUCCGGCUGAGCCUGCCAGACCUUCACUCUCAUGCACUUCAGUUGUGCUCCAUACAUUACACCGAGCCGGCGACGCGUUGCAGCCAACACCCCCGUUCAAACUGCAACCCGGCUGCGAAAAAGAGACUGGGGCUGCGACGGGUCGAUAAAGCUGCACAAACAUGUAUUUUCUGAGAUUUUGGUGCAGCAGAACUGACUGCGAGAAGCACUGAGCGCUUAAAACCAUGGACACGCUGGAGGUGAUCCUAUCUUGCUUUGUUGUAGUUUUGAUGGUCGUGUCGCUGCUUUCCAACGUCCUGGUGCUGAUCUGCUUCCUCUACAGCGCCGAGAUCCGAAAACAGGUCCCUGGGAUGUUUAUCAUCAACCUGACCCUCAGCAACUUGUUCAUGACGGUGCUGAACAUGCCGUUGACUUUGGUGGGGAUUAUCGGCAAGGGGCAGCCUGGAGUCGACACCGUCUGCCGAAUCGUGGGCUUCUUGGAGACUUUCCUGGUCACCAACUCCAUGCUGAGCAUGGCUGCUCUGAGUACUGACAGAUGGAUUGCCGUGGUUUUCCCUCUAAGUUACAACUCCAGGAUGCGUUACAAGGACGCUGCCAUCAUGCUGGUUUACACGUGGUUCCACUCCCUCUGCUUCCCCGUGGUGGCUGUCUUCCUCUCCUGGGUCGGAUACAACCACCUGUACGCUUCCUGCACUCUCAGCCAAACCACAACUGACGACCGGGUCCAGUUUGUGGUUUUCACCGUAGCUUUUCACAGCCUCAGUUUUCUCCUUUCGCUAGUAGUGCUGUGUUUCACCUAUCUGAAGGUGCUGAAAGUGGCGCGAUUUCACUGCAAGAGGAUAGAUGUCAUCACCAUGCAGACACUGGUGUUACUGGUGGACAUCCAUCCAAGUGUAAGGCAACGCUGCCUAGAAGAGCAGAAGCGACGAAGACAACGAGCAACAAAGAAGAUCAGUACUUUCAUCGGUACCUUUAUACUGUGCUUUGCACCUUAUGUAAUUACAAGGCUGGUGGAGUUAUCUGAGUCGAUACACAUCAAUCCAUACUGGGGAAUUCUUUCCAAAUGCCUGGCUUACAGCAAGGCUGUUUCAGACCCCUUUGUAUACUCCUUGCUGCGACAUCAGUACAAGAAGACAUGGAUGGACAUUAUUAAUAGAUUGCUGAAAAGAAGCUCCUUAAACUCCUCUGCAAUAACAGGUGAAACACCGAACAGUAAAUUUGUACAAACAGAUGAAUGAAAUAAAUUUCAUGACAAGAACAGUGCAACAGACAUGUGUAUU